AUGGAGUCCGAAUCUGACAACGAUUUCCGCGAUGACAAGAGCGUAUCUGAGCACGAGGAGGUUGAGGAGACAAAGCCAAAGUCUGCGCUCAAGAAGGGCCGGGAGCCAGCUCCCGUUGUAGAGCGUCCAGAAUUGCCCGAGCAACCAGACCCAAGCACCCUCGACGUCUCAACGCUGAGCCCGCUGUCACCCGAAAUCAUUUCCCGACAGGCUACCAUCAACAUUGGAACAAUUGGUCACGUCGCUCACGGAAAGAGUACAGUAGUAAAGGCCAUUUCUGGUGUGCAGACGGUCCGCUUCAAGAACGAACUCGAGAGGAAUAUCACCAUCAAGCUCGGUUACGCAAACGCGAAGAUCUACCAGUGCGACAACUCCGAGUGCCCGCGCCCCACAUGCUACCGAUCAUACAAGAGUGAGAAGGAGGUCGACCCGCCUUGCGAACGUGAAGGAUGCGGAGGACGAUACCGAUUGAAGCGCCACGUCUCGUUCGUCGAUUGCCCCGGUCACGACAUUCUCAUGAGCACGAUGUUGUCUGGCGCCGCCGUCAUGGAUGCCGCACUGCUGUUGAUUGCCGGAAACGAAUCUUGUCCGCAACCGCAGACAAGUGAGCAUCUUGCUGCCAUUGAGAUUAUGAAGCUCAACCAUAUCAUCAUCCUUCAGAACAAGGUCGAUCUCAUGCGGGAGGACAGCGCUGCCGCCCACUAUGAGUCCAUUCUGAAGUUUAUUCGAGGAACAGUUGCCGAUGGCUCCCCCAUUGUUCCCAUUUCGGCGCAAUUGAAGUUCAACAUUGAUGCCAUCAACGAGCAACUCAUCAGCAAGAUCCCAGUCCCAGUCCGAGACUUCUCCGCAAAGCCACACAUGAUUGUCAUUCGAUCAUUCGACGUCAACAAGCCUGGUGCUGAGAUUGACGAGCUGAAGGGUGGUGUUGCUGGUGGCAGUAUCCUGACUGGUGUGCUGAAGCUUGGUGACGAGAUUGAGAUUAGGCCUGGUAUUGUGUCCAAGGACAGCGCCGGAAAGAUUCAGUGCAAGCCCAUCUUCUCAAGAGUCGUGUCCUUGUUCGCUGAGCACAAUGACCUGAAGUUCGCUGUUCCUGGUGGUUUGAUUGGUGUCGGUACACGUGUAGACCCUACUCUGUGUCGUGCGGAUCGUCUUGUCGGUUUCGUCCUUGGUCUCCGUGGCCACCUUCCCAACAUCUACACGGAGCUUGAAGUCAACUACUUCCUCCUCCGAAGGUUGCUCGGUGUAAAGACCGCAGACGGCAAGCAGGCCAAGGUCGCCAAGCUUGCAAAGAAUGAAGUUCUCAUGGUUAACAUUGGUUCAACCGCUACGGGUGCCAAGGUUGUCGCAGUCAAGGCUGACGCUGCACGUCUUUCCCUGACCUCUCCUGCAUGCACAGAGAUUGGCGAAAAGGUGGCUUUGUCCAGGCGUAUCGAGAAGCACUGGCGUCUCAUUGGAUGGGCCAAUAUCGUGGCUGGUAACAUCCUUCAACCCAUCGUCGAUUGA